AUGCAGCGCAAGGCCGCAGCGUUCGAGGCCACCCCCGUCCAUUCCUCGCUGGAAAUGAGUAGCGAGACUACGGACUUUGAGCGCGUGCCGCCCGACAGUAGCGGCGGCUUCGUCAAGAUCGGCGGCCCAUUGCCAGACUCGUCGGACCCACGUACCAUCAAGGGUGCGUCCAGUGCUCCAGGCAACGGCCACCGCCUGUUCUACUUGCGGGUGAUUGAUUCGCGUAAAUGGCACUACUCGGAGACAUUCGCGCUGUUCCUGGACUUUUUCGUUCAGGUGUUGGCCAUCUCAUUCACCCAGAAGGCCUCGUUCUACGACGAAGUGGCAGCGAAGGCGUCGCGGCUCUUCUCUUCGGGAUUAAUGCUCUGCUACUUCAUCGACAUGAUCAUUCGUAUACUGGGUUUGCGUCUCGCUCUCUUUCGCUCUCACUCCAAUAUCGCUGAUCUUCUGUGUCUACUGGCUAUGGUCGUGCUACUUGGCUCGAGAUACGUCAUGGAGGACAAGGAAUAUUGGCUGUGUCUGGGUUAUUUGAGCAUCGUGGCCUGUCGUCUCAUUCUCAAGCCCAGAGCCAGAACCUUCUCCAAGAAGCUGCACAAGUUCCGCACCAAUGGCGACCACAUUCGCAUCAGUAUCGAGUCUCUACGCGCCUCACUGGCUCGUAUCCCCGGCAUCUCGGCCAUGUCUAUUGAGAUGAUGGAGACGGACUUAGUGAUCAUCUGUGGUCGUGACGAAGGCGACAUGACGCGUGACGAGCUCAUGAACUUCUUGGAGCGCGCUCUACACUACCGUCCGCCGACGCUCUCGGCCACUGAAUUCCUGUCGCAUUUGCGUGACAUUGACGCGUCGUCGUCGACACUGGCCUACGGUAUUAUGGACGUUGUCCGCAGCACAUUGUGGCACUGGUCCACGCAGAUGGCAGACCUCGUUUUCUGCUUCUUCGUGGUGUGUAUCAACGCCUCAGUGAGCCCAGCGCUGGCCAUUUUCCUGGCCAAAUUGUCGGAUGCUUUCGACACUUUGGACUCGGGACAACCGAACGAGUCGACGCUCAAGGUUGGCGUUGUGGGUGUAUUGGCUCUGUGUGUGCCGUUCGUGUUGGGUGACUACGCCGUGGGUUAUUUCCAGUCCAAAAUGAUCUCAAAAGCCACCGAGUCGAUGCAGUCUGCGCUGCUGAACAUCAUUCUGCGACAAGACACCCAGUUCUUUGCAGAGCGCUCAGAAGGCGACUUGAACAACCUCUUCUCGAGUGAUGUCGCGCGUGUGAAUGCUCUGUGGCAGGCUGUGUUCUGGAACCUGCUAAAUCCGCUGCUGGCUGUGAUUUUCGGCUUUAGUUACGCUCUGUACAUGGAUGUCAGCAUCGGUAUCAUGUCGUUUGCUUUCACUGCCGUGCUACUUUCCAGUGGUCCACAGGGUUUUGCAGCUCAACGAUCGAAGGAGUUUGGUUCUAGGAAUGCCUACGUCGCUGCUGAGUUCCAGAACGCUGUGGGGUGCGAGAAGGUUGUGCGUGCGUACGCUAUUCAAGACCCACUCAUUACGCGCUUCAAGAAGACGUGCGCGUCGCUGCGCAAGAGUCAGUUUUCGAAGGACUUUUGGUCAAGUAUUGUGCAGAUUUACAUUGAGUCUGCCAUGUAUAUAUUUGUGGCCAUCAUGACGGCGUCGUUGGCCAUGAAAGUGUGGCACAAGGAACUGUCGUCGGGUGAAUUCUUCGGUUUUAUCACGCUGCUGAGUCGUGUGUCCAACCCUGUUACAGUACUGGGAGGGUUCAUGCGUGUGGCUAUCGGCAAUGCCAGUAGCUUGCAGCGUGUUGACGACAUCAUUGUCGGACUUGGCUCGAACAGUGGCAAGGACGGAGCUGACAAGGAUAUGCCACCGCUCCCCAAGAUGGAUCACGAUCUGCGUGUGGAGAAGCUCGUAUUCAAGUAUGACAAGGCGUCUGAGAACUACAUUCUCAACGAGUUGACUGCGACUAUUCCUCGUGGCUCGUACACGUGUGUUGUGGGACCGUCUGGUUGUGGUAAGAGUACGCUGUUGGCCUGUUUGAUGCAGUUUCAGGAUGCCGAUGGUGGAUGUAUCCGUCUUGAUGGCCACGACAUUUUCAACUUUUCCAAGAAAUCAUUCAUGGACCAGACUGCUGUCGUGUUCCAGGACGGUGGCAUUCUAAACGGUACAAUCUUCGACAACAUCCGUUACGGUAACGUCAGUGCUUCGAAUGCGGACUGUGAAGAGGCUGCGCGUCUUGCCGAAUGCCACUUCAUCAAGAACCUCAAGGACGGAUUCGAGACGGUCGUGGGUCAGCACGCCACGUGCAACUUGAGUGGUGGUCAGGCGCAACGUAUUUGCUUGGCGCGUGCUCUCUGUCGCCGGCCGAGCCUGAUGCUGCUUGAUGAAGCUACCAGUGCGUUGGACCCUGAGACGGAGGCGUCGAUUGUGGCAACGUUGGAGCGUCUUUCCAGCAAGAUGAAUAUGACGAUCAUCUCGGUCACACAUCGUUUGUCCACUGCUUUAAAUGCCGACCAAAUUUUGGUACUGAACGCUGGUCGCGUUGCUGAAGAGGGUCGCUACGAUGCUUUGGUCCAAAAGGGCGGGCUCUUUUAUGAGAUGGUGCACAAGGUGGACAAGCCAGAAGAGGAGGAGGAAGAUGCGGCUCCGGUGGAGAAACCAGAUAUGGUUACUAUGGCCAAGAGCCGUCGUCGGGGUACAGCGCCGCGCAGAAACACCGACACUAUCGGAGCCACUGGGGAGGAGCCGAAGCAGAUGCAGGACAGCGCGUUGGCAUUGCAGCAGUUUACGAAGAAUCUGAGCUCGCGUGUGGUGCACGACGCUGGUGAUGGGAACCGUCCGGCAGGCACAACUUCAUGGUACCGCUACGGCAACCGUAACUCUCACCGCAGUCGCAAGACGAGCGACGACGGCUUCACAUCUCGUCGCUCAGGCAACAACAGUGUUGAAGGAGGCCAGUGGUAUCCCAGCCAGCACGAUAACCGAGGUGCGGCGACGUCUGCGGCCAGCGAGGAAGAGCGCAACAAGUACUUUGUGCUGUAG